AUGCAUUCGAAGAAGAAUAGUGCUUCCAAAGUAUAUAUUGUAUUUUCUGGUAAAAGGCCAGGAAUAUACUACUCAUGGAGUGAAUGUUCUCCUAUAGUUAUUGGGGUUAAGCGUAGCAUCUUCCAGUCUUUCAAGUCUCACGAUGUGGCCAUAUUGGCGUUCGAUGAAUUUGAAAAAUCUGCUGAAGGUAAACAAAAACUCAAAUAUAUGGUGUUUGUUGUUUUUUGUGGUAAGAAGCCGGGAAUAUACAAAAGUUGGUCUGAGUGUGUUAAAAUGCUUGUUGGAGUCGAGGGUAGCUACUUUCAUGCUUUCCAAUAUUAUGAUGAAGCCUUAAAAGCUUUCAACCAAUUUAAAAAAAUAAGUUUUUCACAGGAAGUGUCAUCUUCAAGCUCGGCCGUUGAAAAAAGUGAAGAAGUGGUAACAAAUGAAAGUGCAGCAAGUGCUAUUUCAUAUACUAUGUUAGUGAGCAUAUUUAUUGGGUUGAAGCUGUCUGAAAAUGUUGGAAAAAGCGACCCCGCAGAAACGAGGAAGGGAACCGUAGAAGCGAAGGAGUCAGUGGCCGCAGGUGUGAAUGAAUCCCGCACCUGCGUGAUCGUAGAUGCGGUUGGUACGGCGCAGAAGCAGUCUGAGGCAGCUGGAGGAGGACCACAGAAGCAGUAUUGGAACCGCACCCGCGAAACCGCAGAAGCGCUAUGGAGCUUUGUUCAUCGAUUCGAGUCGUCGGGAGAACGUGGAAUGCCGAUUAUGGAUCUUCGGAGCGAGGUUUAUGUGGGGCUCAGUGGCAUAGUGGCAUGGUUAGUACGAAGACUUUGGUGA